ACCAUUCACCGACCUGCGGAUAUCCGUAGCGACUUGUUACCCACUAACGCUAAAGAUAUACCCCCAAAGCUAACUGACAAGCAAAAUGCAUCCAGCGCUCUCCAUCCCAGAACUUGUCAGCAUCAUAGCUGGCAUGGCGCGUCGAGGGGACGCGUGUAGGAUGGCUCGCACCUGCUACGCGUGGUAUGAAGUCGCUCUUGACCACAUUUGGAGAAUACUGUGGAACCAGAAUUUUGACAUACUCUUCCGCACCUUGCCGCCGAACGUCUAUCGACCUCUCCGCGACGCAGCGGUACGCUCCACCAUGCUAACGCGCACAUGCCAAGACUACGAGCGCAUCUACCAUCUCACGUCGCGCGUCCGCGAGAUUCGCAACCCGCAAUACAUCGAGCUCCUGCAGAUCACCAACGAUCAUCCACCACCCCGACCGCUCUUCCCUCAGCUGACUACUCUCAUUCUGUAUGGCGACUGGCAGACAAACACCCCGCUGCAUCCACUCUUGAUACCAUUCUCAUCUCUCGUCCUGUCGCGCCUACACAUGGACUUGUCCAAGAUGAACGAACGCGAGCACAUCGACCUCGAUGCCAUAUAUCAAGUGUGUGCGCCCUCAGUGGAGGUGGUAAUGGAUAUGAAGGCGCUCCAUGAUAAACCGUUCCCUGCCGUUGGUCGACACGAAAUCCUUCACAAACUCACAAUCAAACAGAUGGACGCUGAGGGAUGGGCGUUCAUAGCUUCUCUACCCAACCUGCACGAGCUAGACAUCCAUCGACCCUUUUCUGUACCCGCACUCGAUCUUCUUGCCGCAGUCGAACACCCAUUCCGAGCCUUGCGGGCGUUUUCAGUCUUCUCCUGGCGCUUCGACUGCCGGCUCUUCUUCGUGGACCUGCUCCGGCUGUGCGGCUCGCUGUCGCUAUCCACCCUUUCGAUCCACUUCUGGCAAGACGACGCGGACCGAUUCGCGCAUCCAACACAGCACUGGACACUCCUCUUCCUCGCUCUCAAACGACACCUGUCGCACAGCACCCUCCGCUCUCUCAAGCUGAUAGACCAGGGCGAGAUGACGCGGAUUGACGGCAGUAUGCUCCAGCUACUCGCCCCCUUCUCCGAGCUGCGCACGCUUUGGAUCGAGAGCAAGAACGGAGUCGUCGUCGAGGACUCAUACGUCGCGCCGCUGCUACGCAGCUGGCCUGCGCUCGAGUCGCUGACGCUCGCGCCAUCGCCGUACCUAUCGGAGGACUGGGAUGACCGUGACGAAGAAGACAUGUACGGCUCUGCCCGCUGGAUCAGCACCUGCUCCGUCCGCGGCCUCCUCGAAAUCGCCCGCCUCGGCACCUCGCUCAAAUCCCUCGCUCUCUCCAUCGACUUCGAAAGCGGCUUUCCUGUACCUGAGGACGACCUGGUGUCCUCCUGCAACGCAAACAUCACAAAGCUCGACCUCUGGAACUCAGAUAUGACGGAUCCUGACGAUGUCGCGGACCUCAUUCUUGCCGUGUUUCCGGCAGCGGCGGCGAAGGUGGAGGUGUCGAUCGUGAAGUGGAAGGAGUUUGACAUUGGUCUCGAGGAGGGGAGCCGCGAAGAAGAUAUCGAGGAGAAGUGGGACGAGGUGCACGAUAUCAUCAGGCUGGAACAGAGCGCGGACGCGGAGUACAUGUCGUUGUUGUAGGCCAGCGUAAUCAGCAAGCGCCUGCAUUCCAAGCAUAUUUGACAAGCCUCUUUCUUAAGGAGAUGG